UUAGCCAAAAGUAGGUGAAAAGCAAAACUCCCCAGAUCACCAAAAUUACUCGGCCACAACCACUCUUGCCCUUGCUCCACCUAAUCCGGUUACAAUCUCAGAUAAUUGAAAAUCCAUGUGCGUCUGAAAGAGAGAGAGAGAGAGAGAGAGACAGUGCUUGUACUUGCUUCUACUUCUUCUUUCUUCCUGGGAAAGCAAGUGAGAGAGCAAAUUUAAAAUUACAGAGAGAAUUUAUAUUUUACACUAGAGAGAGAGAGAGAGAGAGAGAGAGAGGCUGCGGUUGGCGCUUCUUCAUCAUCUGGCCAAUCGAAACCCUAGGCUUCGAAGCUCUCAGCUAACUCACUGCGGCUUUCAGAUCCCGGCGAUUCUGCGCCCGAGUUGACCUGCCGAUCUGCGCGUCCGUGCCGGCUUGAGGCAAUGAGGGACUCGGGACGGCUUGCUGGGUUGAAAUGCUGAGCAUUUCCGGUGGAGAUUUCGCUUGGAUUGAGCUCGCUUUUGAUGCCGUAGCUUCGGCGCUAAUCGGAGAAAAUGUCGGCUCCUAUAGCGGCUUUCGAGCGCCCCCGGGCUGGGGCUUCGAAUACGGUUUUCAAGAGUGGCCCGCUUUUCAUAUCUUCAAAAGGAAUUGGCUGGAAAUCUUGGAAGAAGCGUUGGUUUAUCCUCACACGCACUUCUUUAGUCUUCUUCAAAAAUGAUCCUAGUGCACUUCCACAAAGGGGUGGUGAAGUGAACUUGACAUUGGGAGGCAUUGACUUGAACAAUUCUGGGAGUGUUGUGGUUAGAGAAGAUAAAAAGCUGUUGACCGUAUUGUUUCCAGAUGGACGUGAUGGCAGAGCGUUCACACUUAAGGCUGAGACAUCUGAGGAUUUGUUCGAGUGGAAGACGGCCCUAGAACAUGCCCUUGCACAAGCACCAAGUGCUGCCCUUGUUAUGGGACACAAUGGGAUUUUUCGAAAUGACACAAAUGAUUCAAUUGACGGGUCUUUCCAUCAAUGGAGGGAUAAGCGUCCAGUUAAGUCCUUGGUUGUUGGAAGACCAAUUUUGCUUGCACUAGAAGAUAUUGACGGAGGUCCAUCCUUUCUUGAGAAAGCUCUUCGUUUUCUUGAGAAGUUUGGAACUAAAGUUGAAGGAAUUUUGCGACAAUCUGCAGAUGUUGAGGAGGUAGAUCGCAGGGUUCAAGAGUAUGAACAAGGCAAGACUGAAUUUGAUCCUGAUGAGGAUGCUCAUGUUGUUGGUGACUGUGUUAAGCAUGUUCUCAGGGAGCUACCCUCGUCUCCAGUUCCAGCAUCCUGCUGCACUGCAUUGCUGGAGGCUUACAAAAUUGAUCGAAAAGAAGCUCGACUAAAUGCAAUGCGCUCAGCAAUAAUGGAGACAUUUCCUGAACCAAACCGGCGUUUAUUACAGAGAAUUCUGAAGAUGAUGCAUGCUAUUUCUUCUCAUGCUCAUGAGAACCGGAUGACUCCAUCUGCUGUUGCUGCUUGCAUGGCACCUUUGCUCCUACGCCCUCUAUUAGCUGGCGAGUGUGAGUUAGAGGAUGACUUUGAUAUUAAUGGUGAUAAUUCAGCCCAACUUCUUGCUGCUGCAAAUGCUGCUAAUAAUGCUCAAGCAAUUAUUACAACUCUCUUGGAGGAGUAUGAGAAUAUCUUCGAUGAUGAAAAUCUUAAUAGAUGCUCCAUUUCAGCUGAUUCUCGGAUUGAAAACAGUGGGACUGAAGAUUCAACUGAUGAUGAAAAUCUAGAUAUGAAAGAAAAUGGUUACCAUGAUGCUCAGAAUGAAGUUGAUCCAGAAACAGAUGAUGAUCCUGAACGUGUACACAGUGGAAAAUUGAGUGAAAGUAGUGGUUAUGCUGGUAGUGAUCUUUAUGAUUACAAGCAGGCAUUUGGGGCUGAUGAUUCAGACAAUGGAUCGCCCGGUAAAAAGAAUCAUGCUUCAGUUGAGAGUUCAAAUUUAGGUGUUGAUCAUCAACAAAUGGGGGAUCCCAAUGGUGAACUGUCUAAGGAACGAGGCAGGCAGAAGAAAGUCGAUGACAAUUCAAUUAAUGAGAUGGAUGCUCCAAGUGUAUCACCUACUGGCGAGUCUUACCGAUCAGUAGGGGAGAUUCUGUCAUCAAUGGAUCCAGCACAUCCUUUGACCAUGCCUGGAUUUGAAACAGGUGCUGGAAAGCCAACGAGUAAAGCUACAGGAUCCAACAUUACUUCAAAGCGUUCAACAUUUUGGGGAAGAAGCAAUGCCAGAAAGACACCCUCAAUGGAAUCAGUUGAUUCUUCCGGAGAAGAAGAGCUUGCUAUUCAGAGGCUUGAGAUUGCCAAAAACGACUUGCAACACAGGAUCGCAAAGGAGGCUAGAGGAAAUGCAAUUUUACAAGCAAGCUUAGAGAGAAGGAAGCAAGCAUUGCAUGAACGGCGCCUGGCACUUGAACAAGAUGUUUCUAGAUUGCAAGAGCAGUUGCAAGCUGAAAGAGACCUUAGAGCUGCACUGGAAGUCGGUUUGAGCAUGUCUUCUGGACAGUUUUCCAGUUCACGUGGCAUGGAUUCUAAGACAAGGGCGGAACUAGAGGAGAUUGCUCUUGCUGAAGCAGAUGUGGCCAGGUUGAAGCAGAAAGUUGCAGAACUCCACCAUCAACUAAAUCAGCAGAGGCAGCAUCAUUAUGGUUCCCUCUCUGAUGCAUGUGACCGUUAUCAACAUGGCCAAAAUAAUAAUCCCCAACAGAGAUUACUACAGCAAGAUUUUGAUGCCACCCUUGCUUAUUGUAAUCAUGACCGGAAACAGAGGGCCGAGGAGAGUUUGUUGGGCACAGACUGGAGGACUAUUAAAGGACAAGUGUUAGCAUCCGGCACCAGUAUCAAGCAGCCAUCUCGAAAGCAAUUUAUGGAUUCAACAAGCCUGAGCGAUUCUAAAAGUACCGAGGCAUCCACAAGUAUGUCUGUGGAUGAUCUUUCUGCUGUUGAUUCUGCUGCGGCGCCCUCCACUUCCAGAGCAGCAGAGGUGGAGUUUGCAAGGCAUCCAUCUGCAGCAUCGUCUACAUUAGUAGAAUUGACCACUCGUCUCGAUUUCUUCAAAGAAAGGCGUUCUCAGCUCAUGGAACAACUCCACAACCUUGAUUUGAAUUACGGCACAACAUCUUCACAAGACUUCAUCUACAAACCAUCAUCCCCACCAUGGAAUUGAAUGACUGGACAUGAUGCUUCAUUCAAUGUGUUUGGGACGAAGUUUUGCCUGACAUCUUGUUGUAUAUCCUUUGACACCAUUUCGUGUAUUUGUAUCCUCUGUAGUCCAGUGUAGUUUGUUUAGUAUUAUCUUUUUUAUAUGAAGGUUUUUCUUUUCUUUUCUCCACUUUUGUUAGAGAAUGUGAUUGGAUUUUGGAUGAGGUCUUUUCCAUUUGUUCUUCGGGUUCCUUCCUUUUUGUUUUUUGUUUUUGGUCAUAAACAAUGUAAGUAUUCUGUGUCUUGUCUAUAGUAGGUGGAGGUAAUGUUGUCGAACA